AUGCUGUCAGCCUAUGUGAAGCUGGCAGUGCGCUCGCCCCCCGACGAUGUGCUGCACGGCAAGCUCAUGGCCAUCUUCACUCGAGGUGCAGUGUGGUGCAGGGGUGGCCCUGCCAUGGCCGACAUCGUUGCUCACAUGACCAAGUUCCCCCAACGCGUGGUGGGGGAAGGUGGGGGGAGGGGCGGCCCUGCCAUGGCUCACAUGCCCUGCCAUGGCUCACAUGCCCUGCCAUGGCUCUCUCUUCCCUCCCUGCUCUCUCUUCCCUCCCUGCUCUCUCUUCCCUCCCUGCUCUCUCUUCCCUCCCUGCUCUCUCUUCCCUCCCUGCUCUCUCUUCCCUCCCUGUUCUCUUCCGUGGUGCAGCUCAUGAGGCAUGAAGCAACCAAGCAGACAAGUUAG